AUGAGGAGCUUCAUCAUCAUCACGGUGCUGUCAGCAUUUGCAGCCUGCUAUAGUGCCGCUGUCCUCCCGAGGGAGGAGGAGAUGGUCACCAUAAUAUACGACGACAAGUCACCCAACGGAACCAUUCUGUCCAGAGCAGACUUUAAUGCCAGGUCUCAUCAGGGUUGGGUAUUGCUAUCUGAGACGAACGAUUUCGUGCCAGCUGUUGAAGGCCAAGUGCAGAGCGUCGGCGUGUUCUACAGAGCAAAUUUCGGGGUUCGAAUUGAUAGGCUUGUCAUAACUACUUAUGGCCAUCUUAUUCCUGAUGUAGAUCGUACUCCACUGGGCAGUAAUAAAAUGAUAGUAAUUUUAACUUCACGUCCCGGUGAAUUAAUCAGAUCAACUAUUGAAACAUAUAAGCGGGAUAACAUUUCUUCAUAAACUUAGUAAUUAUCCACCAACAUGAUUAUUGUCAUCCAAACAUAAAACUUAAAUAUGUG